CGCAGAGGGAGAGUGACAUGUGAAGGCGGAAGGUAUCAGAAUGACUGAGAGGGAAAUGGACACACCAAGAAGCAAGGGGAAAGAAGAUGAAAGCACAGAGAUGAGGAAGGAACGGGAGAAGAAGAAGCGCUCUCGGGUAAAACAGCUGCUGGCUGACAUUGCCAAGCAGGUGGACUUCUGGUUCGGUGAUGUUAACCUUCACAAGGAUCGCUUCCUGUGUGAGCAGAUUCAGAAAUCCAGAGAUGGCUUCAUUGAUCUUUCUCUACUGGCCUCAUUUAACAAGAUGAAGAAGCUGACUACAGAUGCUAAACUUAUUGCCAGAGCUGUCAAGAAUUCCUUAGUUGUAGAGGUGAAUUUAGAAAAUACCAAAAUCAGGAGGAGGCAUCCACUUGGGCAGAAACCUCAGGAUGUGGAUGACCGAACUGUAUAUGCGGAGCUACUUCCAAAGAAUGUUAACCACAGUUGGAUUGAUCGGGUUUUUGGUAAAUGUGGCUCAGUUGUCUAUAUUAGCAUUCCCAGAUACAAAUCCACAGGUGACCCAAAAGGAUUUGCAUUCAUUGAGUUUGAGACUCAAGCACAAGCUGCUAAAGCCAUUGAGUUCUUGAAUAAUCCUCCAGAAGAAGCACCAAGAAAGGCUGGGAUUUUCCCCAAGACUAUAAAAAACAAACAAGUUCCGGAGUUAGCAGUCUCUGAGUCAAGAGAGCUUGAAGAGAAAAAGAAGAAGAAAAAGAAAAAGUCUAAGAGUAGAAAAGAGAGCGAGGAAAAAGCUGAGGAGGAAAAUAAUGAUGCGCCUUCUAAAGAGGAAAGGCCUAAGAGGCAUCGCAGUGUGUCAGAAAGCUCAAUGACGGAGUCAUCAGAUACUAAUAAACACUCAUCAAGAAGGGAAAAGAAGAAGAAAGAUAGAGCAGAGAGCUCUGACCAAUCUGAUGAGGUUAGAUCAUCCAAGAGAAGACGUACCGAAAGCAGCUCAGAAGAGCAUGACUCCUUCUAUUCAAAGCAAAGGAAAACCCAUUCUGAAUCUGUAGAUUCAAAGUCUUCUAGAGACCUUCUGGAGUGUAAAGAGUUAUCUACAGAAGAAGAAGAAGAAAAGGAAAUAAGUGACAAGAAAGACACAUCUGCUCUGAAAGUAAAACGGAAAAGAAAGAAGAAACAUAAGGAGAGGCAUAAAGUUGGGGAAGAGGUGAUUCCACUCCGAGUCCUGUCAAAAAAAGAAUGGUUGGACCUGAAAACCGAAUACUUGUCUCUUCAGCGAGCCAGCAUGGCGUCCCUCAAAAAGUCACUAAAUGAAAACGGCUGUCCUUCUACAGGAGGGAUGGAAACUGAACCAAGUGGGCAAAACCUUAACAGCAAAGUAAAUAGUACAAAGAACGAAAACCUGGGACCCCAGUUUGUAUGUGGCGUCAUUGUGAAGAUCACAUGCUCAGAUCCUCUGCCAGUCCGUAAACAUGUUAAGGAGAUAUUAUCUGCAGUGUCUGAAGUGGUGUAUGUAGAUAUGCUGGAGGAGGAUACAGAGUGUCAUGUUCGCUUUAAGACUCCUGAAGAGGCUCAAGCUGUCCUGAAAGCAAGAUCUGAGCUGCAGAGCAAGCACAACUGGAAUCUUCAAAUCCUUACCGGAGACAAUGAGCAGCGAUACUGGCAGAAGAUCUUGGUGGACAGGCAGGCAAAACUGAACAGACCUCGUGAAAAGAAGAGAGGGACUGAAAAGUUGGUUGCUAUAGCUGAGAAAAUCCGUCUUGUUAAAACCCAGGAGGCUUGCAAACACAUCAGAUUCUGCGAUGAACCCUGACACCGGAUUAUUUAGACUGUUUUUUACAUUUUUAAUUUGUCAUCUUGCAGAUACACAACUCUCAGCUUACAGUUUGUGAAUGGACAUUCCUCUGUUGGAUUUUAUGCAAAUACGUGUGUGUCAAACACUGUAUUAGAUGUGA